GAUUCUUCAUUCCUUCUUUCUUCUUCGGUGCUAACUAAACUCCACUACCCUGCACCAAAGUGCCAAGUCACACAACGCUUUUUCUUUCAAAUCUAAUUUCCACCAACUUCGCAACACAGCAGACAACACCUUCUUCUCUUCUCUUUCGUUCUCCAACUUGCAUUCAACUUACUCAACCCAGCAGAUCCAGCACUCCUCAAACACACCGAGAUUUUCAUAGCGCGAGAAUGUUAGAGAAAGUGGAGGAGUUAAAUAUGGACAAAGUUAUAGAAGAAUUUGAGUUACUGUCAAAGGACGCGGAAAGGGUUCAGAGGGAAACUCUGAAAAAGAUUUUGGAAGAUAACGCGUCAGCUGAGUAUUUGCAGAGUUUGGGUCUCAAUGGAAGAACUGAUCCCGAGAGUUUCAAGGCUUGUGUUCCACUGGUUACCCACAAAGAAUUGGAACCUUACAUAUACAGAAUUAUCGAUGGCGAUGCUUCUCCUAUUCUCACUGGCAAACCCAUCACAACCAUGUCUUUAAGCUCUGGCACUACCCAGGGGAAGCCAAAGUAUGUACCCUGGAACGAUGAAUUGUAUGAAACCACAAUGCAGAUAUACCAGACCUCUUUUGCCUUUAGAAACAGAGAGUUUCCCAUAAAAAAUGGGAAGGCUUUGAGCUUUAUAUACGGAAGCAAGCAGUUCAAAACAAAAGGGGGUCUGGCGGCUAGAACUGCUACAAGCAAUGUGUUCAGUAAUGCUGGUUAUAAGUGUGCAAUGAGGGCACUGCAAUCCCAAUGCUGCAGCCCAGACGAAGUGAUAUUUGGUCCUGAUUUUUUCCAAUCAUUGUAUUGCCAUCUGUUGUGUGGUCUUAUAUUCCGGGACGAGGUUCAAUUUGUGUCUUCUACAUUUGCUCACAGUAUUGUCCAUGCUUUUAGAACCUUUGAACAAGUGUGGGAAGAGCUGUGUACUGAUAUCAGAGAAGGGGUUCUCAGCAGCAGGGUCAUCGUACCUUCGAUUCGAAUGGCUAUGUCUAAACUGAUGAAGCCAAACCCGAAAUUAGCCAACUUGAUCCACAAAAAAUGUACGGGGUUGAGCAACUGGUACGGGUUGAUACCAGAGCUUUUUCCCAAUGCUAAGUAUAUUUAUGGCAUCAUGACUGGAUCAAUGGAGCCUUAUUUGAAAAAGUUGAGGCACUAUGCAGGGGAGCUGCCUUUGUUGACUGCUGACUAUGGAUCUUCUGAGGGUUGGAUUGCAGCAAAUGUGAACCCACAAUACCCCCCUGAGUAUGCCACCUAUGCUGUGCUUCCUCACAUCGGUUACUUCGAAUUCAUUCCUCUCUCAGAGCUUGACAACACCAGGGGUCAACCAGAUUUCCUUUGUAUUGAUCCUCAGCCUGUGAGCCUCACUCAAGUCAAGGUUGGUGAAGAGUAUGAAGUUGUUAUGACCAAUCCAGCAGGAUUAUACCGGUAUAGAUUGGGGGAUGUGGUGAAGGUUAUGGGAUUCCACAACUCAACUCCAGAACUGAAGUUUGUUCGGCGUAGCAGUCUUCUGCUAAACAUUAAUAUCGACAAGAACACUGAGAAGGAUUUACAGGUAGCUGUGGAAGCAGCUGCAAAGUUGUUAGCGGAAGAAAAAUUGGAAGUUGUUGAUUACAGCAGCCACGUUGAUUUAUCCGAAGAACCGGGACACUACGUCAUCUUCUGGGAGAUCAGUGGGGAAGCAAGUGAAGAACUCCUCCACGAAUGCUGUAACUGUUUGGACAAGUCUUUUGUUGAUGCAGGCUACAUCAGUUCUCGCAAAGUGAACUGCAUCGGUGCCCUCGAACUACGAGUUGUUCGGAGAGGAACAUUCCAGAAGAUUCUGGAUCAUUACCUAGGACUAGGAACCGCCGUUAGUCAGUAUAAGACACCGAGAUGUGUCGGUCCUACAAACGCCGUGGUGCUGCAGAUCUUUAGUGAAAACGUUGUGAAUAACUAUCUCAGUACUGCUUUCUAAAACUUGCGUUAGGAAUAACAAACUGCAAACAAAGUUGGCUUAGUUUUACCACAUUGUGUAACUUUCUAGAUGUCUUGAAUUUUGGCCAUUCUCAAUCCUUA